AUGGCCUCUCUCGCUCCUCGUCUCUCUUCGCACGCCCUUACAGACGACUUGCUCGGACUCGGCUUUAAUGAGAAGCUCGUCCGCAGAUUUGCAGAGGCCCCUUAUCACGUCGGGCAUGCCAAAGAUCUUCUCAAGUCCUACGUACCAGCUUCCCACAAGGCCAGAAGAGGUGGAUACACCGACCUUUUACUCCACAAAGGUUCACGCAAUCGACACUGGGUAGUUUACGACCCUAGCAAGCAUGAUCCACUCCUCGACUGUGACAACCUCAAGCUCACCGUCAAGUUCGCCAUCUAUCAACCCGGCAACCCACGGUUCCUCGAAUACAACACGCACACAAAGUCUCUCCGCAUCCGCUCGUCGAGAAUUGUUGUCGGCCAGCAGAUCAAAUACACAGACAACGGCCCCAUUCUUGCACCCUUAGAUGAAAGCGACUCUGACUCCGAAGCAACCAUCGAGAUCAAACAGGAAUCGGAGGAGGAAACCACAAAGCCUGUUUGGGCCCAGGACUACCCUUCCAGCGACUCUGAGCUCAGUCAAUUCGACUCGGAAUGA